GGGCGGGGCCUGGUGGGCGGGGCCUGGUGGGCGCCGCUGCCGCCGCCGCCACCUCCGCCCUCGCCUCAGCCCGGCCCGGCCCGGCCCUGCCAGCCAUGAGCUUCCUCUUUGGGAGUCGAUCGUCGAAGACCUUCAAACCCAAGAAGAACAUUCCAGAAGGCUCCCAUCAGUAUGAGCUCCUCAAGCACGCAGAGGCCACGCUGGGCAGUGGUAACCUCAGGCAGGCUGUCAUGCUGCCUGAGGGGGAGGACCUGAACGAGUGGAUUGCAGUCAACACGGUGGACUUCUUUAACCAGAUCAACAUGCUCUAUGGGACCAUCACUGAGUUCUGCACCGAGGCCAGCUGCCCACUCAUGUCUGCAGGGCCCAGGUACGAGUACCACUGGGCAGAUGGCACCAACAUCAAGAAGCCCAUCAAGUGCUCAGCUCCCAAGUACAUCGACUACCUGAUGACCUGGGUGCAGGACCAGCUGGAUGAUGAAACGCUCUUCCCUUCCAAGAUAGGUGUCCCAUUCCCCAAGAACUUCAUGUCGGUGGCCAAGACCAUCCUGAAGCGACUGUUCCGUGUCUAUGCCCACAUCUACCACCAGCACUUUGACUCUGUCAUGCGGCUGCAGGAGGAGGCUCACCUCAACACCUCCUUCAAGCACUUCAUCUUCUUUGUGCAGGAAUUCAACUUGAUCGACAGGAGGGAGUUGGCUCCUCUGCAGGAGCUGAUUGAGAAGUUGGGCUCCAAGGACAGAUAGACCCUCCCUGAAGGACCUUCUUGUCUGCUCCUCUCUGCUUUGGCCUCCAGCCACUUCUGUGCUUCGCCAGGCUCAGGCUGAGCAUCGCUUCCACCCUGCAGCAGCUGCUGCAGCCACAGCCUGUGUGGUUCUCCAGCCACCGCCUGUGUGGCUCUCCAGGGCUGCCUGUGCCUUGGGGACUGGGCUGUGUGCUCGAGUCUGGUGAGAACCACAGUCUGGUUGAAGGUGGAACUUGUACUCAGAGCAGGAUCUCACAGGCAUGGGGUGAAGCUCAAGUGCUGCACUGCUGCUUUCUUCUUCCAGAGGCAAAGUUUCUCCUCUGGAUUCACGGACACAGCACUGGGAGCAGCUUCCCUGAGUGCCAGCAGCGGCUCAGCUGCUUCCUGCAGUGCUGGGUCUGGAUGAGCUGCACUCAGAGCCUUAAGCUCCCCUUGACAGCAGCACUGCUGUGGGGGGAGGGAAUAAAAAGUGCCUGGCCCUGGGCUGGAAGAGCAGCUCCUUGGUGUCCCCAGCAGUGGGGGGCUGAGGGAAGGACCCUACCGGGUGGCAAGGCAAUAAUAAAGUUUCUCCUUCCUGCUCUUCUUUCA